GAGCUUUGUUUAUGUUGCAAAUUAUUUGCUGCUACAAAGAAACGAAAACCAUCAAUCUUAAUACAUUUCAUUUUAUUUGUGAUUAUACAUAUAUAUUCCUACUGCAUGUGAUAAAGAACGCCAGCAAUCAAAUAGCCAUUGUUUACUCGCAGGCUAGCUACUGCAAAUUCAAUUAAAAAAAAAACAACUACGAGCUGCGCACAUUCUAAUACAAGCUUAAUUAAUUCCCGGCGAUUUUGGAUUUGCUGAAUUCUUGUUUGAAAAUUCACUCAUGUAAUUCUGUGUGUUGAUAUGAUGAAAGCAAAGCCACUGCUACGUCUCGGAUAUACGCUGGCGCAACGCGAUAAGAGUUUUGUUAAACAUGCCUCAGGCAUUAGUAAGAAUUUAUUAUUCAUAAAUGGUUUGGCAAUGUACUUGGGCUGAGUCGCCGCUCAGAAAAAGAAAAAACUUACACACAGCGCUUGAAUUGUAGUAAAAUUUUUUGAAAAAUAAGAAGAAAAACAGAAAUUUAUAAGUCAAAAAAUGAGUUAUUGGUGGCCCUUUAGAAGCAGAUAUUUGCCACUUACCUUUGGCAAGCGUGCACUGCUGCUGUUUGCAUUCCUCAGCUGCUUGCUCAUUAUUUGGUACAUUGGGCAGUGCAAUACGCAACCUAUAUGGAAGCGUGUUAAAAAUGCACACAAUGCUGAAAGCUCGCCAUGUAUUGUGCUUUGGUGGACUAAUAUUGGUGUUGAAAAAAUGGCGCUCGAAGAGAUACUAUGUGGCUACAAUAAAUGCUUUUUCACCAACAAUCGCGAAUACUUGCCACAGGCAAAGGCCAUACUAUUUUAUGCGAGCUCAUUAAGUUGGCACGAUUUGCCGUUGCCACGUCAGCCCGAACAAAUUUGGGCUUUGCUGCACGAAGAAUCACCACGAAAUGUGCUGGAAUUUCUAUUUGAAGAUACAUUGCAACAUUUCAACUACACAUCCACAUUUAGUCGUUACAGCGAUUUUCCUUUAACAAUAAAUGCACUACCCGAUAUAACGGAAAUAACCAAUCCGAAAUAUGUGGUGACGAUUGGAAGUAAAAAUAUUGCACGUAAUCAAUUAGCGCCUAUACUCUUUCUGCAAUCGGAUUGUUCCACAAUGUCGGCGCGUACCAAUUAUGUAGAGGAGCUAAUGCAGUAUAUACCAAUCGACUCCUAUGGCCGUUGUUUGAAUAAUCGUCAAAUGCCGGAAAGCUUACAACACGAUUUCCUCAACAAUCUCUAUACCGAGGCGAUGUAUCGUUUUAUCGGACAGUAUAAAUUUAUGAUCAGUAUUGAGAAUGGCGUCUGUGAAGACUACAUAACCGAAAAGUAUUGGCGACCACUGAUUGCUGGCACAGUGCCCAUCUACUUUGGCUCACCAUCGAUACGAGACUGGGAACCGCACAAUCAUUCCACAAUUUACAUAACCGACUACCAGAAUCCCAAAGAACUGGCCAAAUGUAUAUUAGAAUUAGAUAAAAAUGACAAUGAAUAUGUGAAGUACUUGCAACAUAAGUACAAACAAAUUAAGCCCAUCACCAAUCAACGUUUAAUUGAAGAAUUCUCUGUGCGCAAUGAAGAGGUUAUGUUUUUCUCCAAAUUCGCUUGUCAAGUGUUGCAAGCUUUGUGGGCGCAGAAUGCCAAAGUGAAAAUGGCCAACCGCUUGCACUACAACUGUCCGCUGCCACUACCAUAUCCCGACAUGGAAAAGGAACCCACUGAAUUACGCUCCUGGAAUAGUCUACUAAAGCGUGCAAAGUGCAUGGCGCAGAGCAUAGACGAGCUGUUGCGCAUAAAUCGUGAAUUUACGGAGCAAGAAUUGCAUGAUUUGACAAAUGAGAAAAUGAAUCAUGAAUUGUGUUAGUGUUGAGAGGGAGAGGAUUGUGAAGUUAUGACUAUAUGAGGACUCUGAAGUAUAGCGCAAUUUGUUUGGCAUGGCUGAGCGUGCAGUUGUGGAAGCCAAAAAUAUAAAUUUUAUGUAAAUAAGUAUUAGCUUUGCUGUACAUAUAUGCGUAUAUAUAUAUAUAUAUUUGUGUAUAUGUGUCUAAAAACAUGACAAUUUUAUUGUAAAUAAUUUUUAUUUGUUAUUUAUAAGUAAUUCAAUUGUUAUAUUUCAUAAAUAUAGCGCAAAAGCCAACAAUAGCGAAAUAUACCACGCAUAUAAGUAAAUAUAUAACUGAAAUUAUUACA